AUGGUUUAUGUCACUCGAAACCCCAAGGAUACCCUCAUAUCAUUCUGGCAAUUUGUGUUGAAGUCUACGAGUUAUGAAGACCCAUGGCUUUUGGAGGUGGCUGCGAAGAAGUUUCAACUUAAAGAUGAGCCCAAGACUCAUGUGAAGAGAUUAGCAGAGUUCUUGGCGUGUCCCUUCAAUGGUGAUGGCGAGGAAGAGGUCUUGGAUGAGAUAGUGGGAAGCUGUAGCUUUGAGAAACUGAGCAACUAUGAGGUUCAAGUCCAGAAAGGAGAUGUUGGGGAUCAUAGGAAUUACUUGAACAAUGAAAUGGUGGAACGCAUUGACACAAUUACUAGGGAGAAAUUUCAUGGUUCAGGUUUCAUGUAUGGUAGUUAG